AUGGACAAGGAAAGUGGUGUAUCAAUCAACGAAUUCGUCAUUUAGGAAGCUAAGGAAAAGAGCUAUGAAAUUGAGGUUAAAUCUCUUAAGGAGUUCGAAGCUGAAAUGAAUAGCAUCGUCGAAAAGGAAGUAGAUUAAAUUAAAUCUGCUAUGGAAAAAAGAUUUAGAUAAGUUGAAAUGGAUCACAGAAUCAAGAGAUCAACUGCAAUUAACAAUUCCAGAUUAUAAAAAAUGGAAGUCAGAAACAAGGCUAUGAUGAAAGUAUUUUCAGAUGCUCAAUACAAGGUCUUUUAAAAGAUCCAAAGUGAUCAAGCAUUUUACAAGAAUUUCCUCAAAAAUUUGAUGGUUUAGGGUUUUAUUAAACUUUAUGGCGAAGAAAAAAUCAUCAUCCGUUGUCUUAAAAGAGAUGAAGGCCUUUGCAAGGAUAUUUUGAGCAGUGCAGUUAGCGAAUACAUUAAUUUAAUUAAAAAAGAAAUGAACCACACUAUUAAAUUAAAUGCUGUUGUUGAUAAUUCACGUUUUUUGGAAGAACGUGCUCUUAAAGACAAUAGUAGUGUCUCUCUCAAUGAUUUUGAUAUUGCAUUAGGUGCUAAAGAGGUUGUUGCCAAAAAUGAAGAUGAUAAAAAAUGUUUUGGUGGUAUUUUGCUCACCAAUCAAGCAGGUGAUAUUAUUGUCAAGAAUACUCUUGAUGUCCGUUGUGACCUUGCCUUUUAAGAUUCUCUCCCUGAUAUUCGUUCUUACAUGUUCCCUAAUCCUGUCGUUAAAAAACCCUCUGCUCCCGUCAAAACUCAUCAUUGA